UCUAUUAUCUCUUAGAACAAAAAUUUCCGUGAUGGUAAAGAGAUGGAAAAUGGAAAAGGCACAGGAUGAAAAAAAAAAAUAUAAUAAUAAAAAUUAAAUAAGAAUUAUCAACGGUGGAACUUAAAUUGAAAAGAUAGAACACCGAAGAAGAACAAAAAACAAUGCAAAAACAAAAACAAAAACAAGAAAAGUAGUAAUAAUAAUAAUAAUCGAUAAACAAAAAUAAUAAAAGAACAACAACAACAGUUGCUCUUGACUACUAUAACUCCACCACCACCUUUCAUAAUUAUUCCUUUUUAUUUCCUUUUUAAAAUUUAUUAAUAAUCUUUUAUCUGUUUUUCUUUCUUCUCUUAUAUAAUAUUUUCGUUUUUAUUAUGAACGAAUGAACGAACGGUGUGAUGAUGAUCGUUUGAUCAUAUGAAUUGAUGAUCGCGUCAAACGGAGAGCCAGCUAAAAAACAAAAACAAAAACAAUGAAAUCUUUCUUUCUUUUUAUUUUAUUAAUUAAUUAAUAACAAUAACAAAGAAAAUGAAAAUGUUCCUCUGACUCUGUGUGUUUGUGACUUUGUGUGCAUGUGUGUUGUUCUAAUUUUGAUGAACUUUUUUUAUUGUGAUGUUUCUUUCGCACUUUCCAAUCUCGUGUUUGAUUUUUUUCGUUUGUUUUUUUUUUCUUUAAGAUGUAAUUUUGGUCAAUUGGUUUAGUUUAUUAUUUUUAUUAUUAUUGCAUGAAGGAAUUGGAGAUAGAGAAGAAUUACUGAACGUGUUUUUUUUUUGUUCAAGUUGUGCAUUUUGUUCUUUAAAAAACUUCUUUUAUUUUUUGAAGGCUCGGUUUAAUGAUUUGGGAUCUUCAGCGUGCGAUGAUCGAAUUGAUGUUUCACGUUUGUGUUAUUGUGGGCCCCAAUAUUAUGGAUUUUAAGAGAGUUGCUAUCCAACACCCCCGUAAUUACUUAAGCCCAAAACAAAAUAAACGAAGUCCAUAUACAUGGUAACAGUCCAUUCAAAAACGGUUUAGAGACAACAUUUUUUUGCAGUAACAUCGGAAUCAAAACGACGAAAAACGAGUUUAACACAGCUUUUGGAGGUUGAGGCUUCAUUGUUCAGCAGCUUCAUUUUGCCGGAAACCUGUUUGAUGAAAUGCUUCACCUACGUCUCAAAGUAAAACUAACUCUAACAUUGGACACACAUUAUUUAACUCUUUAACAUUGGUUGUUCCAUAAGAUUCAGUGUAGUUUAUUCCACUUGGUGUGAGGUUUUUGUGUGCUUGCUAUUUUGCAUAAAGAGGUUUGUUGUGAGGAAGUAGCAUUUCUCAAAAAUCUGUCAUAUUUAAUAUUUUUCAAUUGGGGUUACUAUGGCUAGUAAAACUUUGUUUAAGUGGCCAAAGCAAAUUACAAAUUCACUAGUUGAGCAGUUAAUAAAAGCAGAAAAGGACAUACACAAAGCUAUCCUUAUGUUUGAUUCUGCAACAGCUGAGUAUACCAAUGGAUUUAGUCAUGAUGACAGAACUUUUGGUGCAAUGAUCUCAAGGCUAGUCUCUGUUAACCAGUUUAGGCCAGCAGAAGGAAUGCUGGAAAGAAUGAAGCAAGAAGAUUGCAAUGUUACAGAGGAUAUAUUUUUAACUAUAUGCAGGGGUUAUGGACGUGUGCACCGCCCGCUUGAUGCCAUCAGGGUUUUUCAUAAGAUGGAAGAUUUUCAGCUUAGGCCUACUCAGAAGUCUUACCUUACAAUAUUCGAUAUUCUUGUGGAGGAAAACCAUGUGAAAAGGGCUAUUGGUUUUUACAAGGAGAUGAGGGAAAUGGGAAUUCCGCCUAGUGUUGUUUCACUAAAUAUUUUGAUCAAGGCACUCUGCAAAAAUGAGGAAACUGUUGAUUCUGCUUUCCGGAUAUUUCAUGAAAUGCCCAACCGUGGGUGCCAGCCUGAUUCGUAUACAUAUGGUACAUUGAUUAAUGGGCUGUGCAAGCUAGGAAAAAUCGAUCAGGCAAAGGAGCUGUUCCAAGAGAUGAGUGAGAAAGGUUUGUCGCCUUCUGUUGUUAGCUAUACUACUCUGAUACAUGGAAUGUGUCAAUCUAAUAAUUUGGAUGAAGCUAUUGGAUUGCUCGAAGAUAUGACGAGGAAUGGCAUUGAGCCAAAUGUUUUUACUUAUAGUUCUUUAAUGGAUGGUUUGUGUAAAUGUGGACAUUCAUCACAAGCAAUGGAGUUGUUAGAAGUGAUGGUUAGAAAACGUCAUUUGCCUAACAUGGUCACUUAUAGUACUCUAAUCAAUGGACUGUGUAAAGACGGUAAGCUUAGAGAAGCUGUGGAGAUUCUCGACAGGAUGAGGCUUCAAGGAUUAAAACCAAAUGUAGAGAUGUAUGGGAAAAUCAUAAGUGGCCUCUGUGCUGCAUGCAGUUAUCAAGAAGCUGCAAACUUCAUCGAUGAGAUGGUUCUUGGCGGUAUCUCACCUACUCGAGCAACUUGGAGCUUUCAAGUCAGAAUGCAUAACAAGGUAGUCCAAGGUCUUUGUAAUAAUAUUGAUCCACCUCGCGCAUUCCAAUUGUAUCUUAGUAUGCGUACUAGGGGUAUCUCUGUUGAAAAUGGAACUUUUGACUGUUUAGUCAAAUGCUUUUGCAAGAGAGGAGACUUGCACAAAGCUGCUCGGGUUCUGGAAGAGAUGAUAUUCGAUGGCUGGGUUCCAGAUGUGGGAAUAUGGAAUGUAUUAAUGUGUGGACUUUGGGAUCGAAAAAAAGUGAGAGAAGCCACUGAGCUAUUGCUUGCUGAGCUGAAGCAGAAAUUUGUUGAAGCUGAGAGUUGAAGUUUGUGAGUAAAACCUUUUGCAUCACAUUGUCUCCCCUGGUUUUUCUUUUAUCAGUCACCGAACAUGUGAAGCCUCUACUAUUAUUGAUCUCACUUUCUCACUUCAAAUGGUCGGCAUUCUCUAAUGAUCAUUACAUUUGUUGUGUGCGCAAUUGGAGGCUGAAAAUACCUUAAUACCUCACCUUCUCUUUUUGUGGACACCACUAGGUUCUUGCCCAACCAUUUUUGAAACUUUAAUGAGGCAAGUAUUUGUUAGAAAAUAUUUUCCGGGGUUCUGGCCUGCUGGGUAAGGUAAACACAGGUAAUUAAAAAUUCUUUAUUUUGAUCAAAACCCAUUACAUGCUAGUUAUUUUUAUUUUUCAUUUUCGAGAAAACUUAGUUGCUCAGUCAAUUCCAGACAUCCAGUAAUUUGGCCAAAUUUGAAGUAUACUGCAUCUUUUCAUAGUGAAACUAUUAACAUUUUAGUUGGGAUUCUUAAUUUUCUGAUUGCUUUUUGUAUGGCCUGACUCCUCAGAUAUUUGAUCUAUCAUUGUUUUGUAUAAUGGUGUAUUCGCAUUAUAUCUUUAACAGGGUUAUGAUGUUCUGUUUUAUUUGUUACAACAAAAUGGAGAAGUUCAAAAUUCUUGCUAGAUAAGGUAAAUAUGUAGUAAAUAGAUUGUAUUUUUUACACAUCCUGUCUGGUUGUGUUAGUGGAUCAUGAUUAGCUAAUGUUGUGAUUUUCUGUUGGGGAUAACUUCACAUCUCUGCUGGAAACAUGUAUGUGAUUGUUAUUGUGAUUGUGAUAUGUUUUUUAGAUUCAAGAUACAUAUGUAUUGUCCAUCUAUACUCUAUAGUCAGGUCCACAUGUAAGUAUUAUAUUUCGAGUUUGCUUCAUUCCCACAAAGAGAGAGCAGAUGAGUCCAUAAGCUGAUCCCCAAGUCAACUUUGACGAACUAAACAUUUUUCCCCCUAGAAAAAGUUCAAAUAACUGGUUCAGUAGCUCCCAGUUUCUGUGGCAAAAUAUAUCCUCUUACUAUAGUACUUCAAUAUGAACUUAUGUUAGACAAGAAAAAUACUAGAUAGCUAGGUAAUCAAAAUGAUCGGCAUUAUAAUUGACUUGUGGAUACAUGAGUGGUCUUGACUCUUGACCACUAGCUUCCUAUCCCUGAAUAUUGAUAAAUUCUUGCUGAGUUCUGUCAGGUGUUUCUGAUUGUAUCAAACCAUUAUGUCUUUCCAGGCUGUCUUACCUUGUAUUUGCAAAGUAUGUACUAGUUGAUUUUAUGAAAUAAUGCACUUAGAUUGAAU